UUUAAAUUGUAAGGGGGUAUCGGCACUAGAGUAGUUUCGAAUAAGUCACGUGUAUGCAACCCCCUCUGCUUUGUUGUUAUUGUUGCUAUGGUGAUGAAAUGUAAAUAUGCUACCAAAACCAAACACAAGUUAAUACAUAAACGUCAAAGUAUGUAUUAUUUUUUUACAAUUAUUAUUUGAUAAUAAUUUAUCGUAGUGUUUAAUUUAUUAAAUUAUAAAAAUGGUGGAAAUUGAUUGGGAUCGUAUACGUGCUGUCAAAGCCGUAUCUUUGGCAGAUGAAGAAAUUGAAAAUUUAUUUCCAAUUGUAAUUAAAUGUGAUAUUGAAACAAUUGAUGAUAUUCAUGAUUUACGUGCUAUAAUGAAAUUAUCACAAGAAAUGUUACAAUAUAAAGACAAUCAGGUUGAAUCAUUAUUACUUGAGUGUGAUGAACUCAAAGAAAAAAUAACAACUGUUAUUUCUACUUCACCUAAAAAAGAUAAUUUAGAGGAUGAGAUUGAAGAAGACAACAAUGAUAAAGAGGUGAAAGAUUCACCUGACAUACAAUUUCUUGAAGAAUCAAUUCGUAUGAAAAAUGAUAAAAUUAAAACACUGAUGCUUGAGUUGGAGAGUAUUGAGAGUGAAAAUUUAAAUCUUAAAAUGAAACUUGAAACUUUAAAAGAAGAAAUAGAAGAUGCUACUGAAAAUAUGAAUGACAUGACCGAUGAAUUACAAAGUUUACGUAGUAAAAAUAUUUUAAAUACAGAUGAAAUAAAUCAAUUAAAACAGGAAAAAAUUGCGCUGCUAGCUCAAACUGAUGAAUUGGCUAAUCAACAAAUUGAUAGAGAUAAAAUCAUAGACGAAUUUGGAGCUGCAAUUGAUGUGCGAGUUUCAGAAUGGCAGAAUAUCCUGGAAAAUAAAAAUGCUGAAAUAUUACAUUUGAAAGAAGAAUAUUCACGAUUACAAAUGCAUCCGAAUUUAAAACUACAAGACAAUGAUUUUACGACACAAAUUGCAAAUUUAAAUGAAGAAAUAGAAACAAGAGAUAAAAUUAUUUUAGAAUUUGAAUCAAAAAUAUCAGAAGCAACAAUUGAGCUAAAUGAAAGUGCAACAUUGAUAGAACAGCUAAAAGCAGAUGCAAAAAAAUUAGAAAAAAGUGGUAAACGAAAAGAGCAGAGAGAUUUACUGAGAAAAGUACAAGAAGCCAAUGAAAAAAUUGUCGUAUUACAAGAUAAUUUAAAACAAACUGAGGAUAAUUUAACAGUAAAAAGUCAACAGCUUUGUGAAGUAUUAAAUACGUUGAAGAAAUAUGAAAACAAAGAUCAAGGCUUGACUGAUACAAUUAAUGAGGUAAAACAUUUAAAAGUUCAACUAUCUUCUAAGAAUCAACACAUUCAAGAUCUUGUAAAUGUUAUAAAUAAACUAGAAGCACUCAACUCUCAUCAAGACAUGCAAAUAGCAGCCUUUAGAGAAAAAUUGGGAAUGACAGACGAAGAAGAAAUAUCAAUUGAUGGAGUGUCAUCAAAGCAUCAAGAAGAGAUUCGAAUAAAAAAUCAACUUCUUUUAAAUAAUGCAUCAUUGGAGCAAGAAAAUUUAGACUUGAAAGCUGAUAUACGAACUUUAAGAUAUAAAUUGACUAAACUAGGAGAAAAAGUCAUUACUGCAAGAGACAAAACAGACUCUCGAGUAAAACCAUAUCAAUCAGACAGGUCAAAUAUCAAUUGGGUUGCUGAACAAGAAAUAAUUUCUAUGCGUCAUAAUGCAGAGAUAGAUGAAUUACAAAAAAAUGCUCAAAUUGUUAUAGAAGAAAAUGAAGCUCUUCGAAAAGGCAUGCAUGAAAUAUUAGACAGUAUUCGUGAUCAAGAUGGUAAAAGUAUUGUUGAUGUUCAGUCUGAUACUCUAGAAAAAUUACUUGAAGCUCUUGAUGUUAGACAUUUAGCUGGCUGGUAUCAUCCAGCUAUGAGACUCCAAGGACGCUUGAGUGUUGUCCAAGGCAGCAAUAAUGAAUUAAGAUUACAACUCAAGCAAAUAAAAAAAGAAAUGCAAAAAAAAGAUGAUCUUCUUCGACGUGUUGCUUUAAAAAAAGACUCGAAAAAUGAAAAAAUUAAUUCUGAAAUUUCUGAAUCAGAGAAUGAAGAUGUGAAGACAAUUGUAACAGAAAUGCAAAGGAUUCAAGCAGUUUAUAGAGAUGAAUUGGCUCAAUGGGAACUAGAGCGUGAAACGUUGUCUCAUGAAAAAAAUAAAUUGAACGAAGAAAAUGAAAAGCUUCUUGUCCAGUUGAAUAUUUAUGAAAAAGAUUUGAAAGCUAUUGAGUCCGGUGAUGAAGAAACCCAGAAAGCAUUGGUUGAACGAAGUAAAGAAUGUGCUGAAUCAAUUGUAAAUUUAAUUAUUGCAACAAGAAAAUGUACAGCUGUUGAAGCACUUUUAACACAAGAAUCUUCAAAGUAUUACAAUAUUCAAAAAGAGGCAAUUGCAGCUGAAAGCACGUACAAAAAAAUUAUAGCUGACAUGGACAAACGAAAUAAAUUAUUAGAAAAUAAAAACAGAGCUCUAGAAAGUAAUCUUUCUAAUUCUAUAAGUAUUUUAGAGUACAAUGAGCUAAAAGAAAAAUUUGAUGAAGCAAGUAUUCGUAUUCGAUCGUCUUAUGAAUUAAAAUUAGCAGCAACUAUCAACGAAGAACUAGAAAAAUAUGAAGAUAAAGAAAAUACAAGAAAAAAUAUUUAUGCGACGAAUUUAGAAUUGCAAAAACAAUUAGCUCAUGUUCAGAAUUAUUUCAUUCAAAAUACGAAACAUAUGAAUGAAAAAAAUAAUGAAGAAAUUAAUAAUACUGAGCUCUUAGAAGAAAUUAAAAAAUUAAAAAUAGAAAAUGAAUAUUUAACAAAAACUUUGACAAUUUCACGAGAAGAAGCUCAAAUGUAUUAUACAACGAAUUCUUUGAAAACUCUUGAGCUUGAUAAUUUGAGGCAUCAAGUUCUAGAUUUACAAGCUAUCAGUGAAGACAAAGAAACAAUAGCAAAAUUAGGAUUUGAAUUGAAUAAUUGUAAAGCAGCUGAAAUUGAAAUAAAUAGAAAAAAAAUACAACUUGAUAGUGAAAUUUUACAAUUGCAAAGUGAUUUAGAUACUGCUAAUAAAAAAUACGAUGAAGCAAAGAUACAAUUGAAAGAAUUCCAUCGUCAUUGUGAUAAUCGAUUUAAAAAUUACGAAGAAGUCAUUGAGUUUCUCCAAACACAGUAUGCUGGAUCUACGUCAAUGACAUCACUUGAAAGAUACGAAAAUAUGCUUCAAAGUUUGAUGACAGAUCGAAAUGAGAUAAGUGCCAAUCUGAAGAAUGCAAAAAAAUCAAGUGAAUCUGCAAAUAUUCAGCAAGAAACUUUGACCAAUCGUCUAGAAAUAGUUGAACGAUUGAAAGAUAUUUUAGAGCAACAAAUUGGAAGUCCAGAUGUUCAAAGUAUUAUGAAUCGUUUCUCAGAAAAUUCACAAAAAGAUCUAAAUGAAUAUCGAUUUAAGAGACGCAUAACACAACUAGAAAAUGAACUAAAAAUUACAGCAAACAAACUAAAUGAAUACGAAUCAACAAUAUCAGCAAUGGAGUAUGACAUGGUUAAUAUACAAAAACUUUGGAGAAUUAACAAAGAAAAUCCUUCACUGCCAAUCGUUCAAAAGCAACAUGUUGAAUCAAAAAAAAUAAUCAAACCAGAUCUAAAAUCUGUAUUUGUCGAAGCCAGAGUUGAAUGCCAUUCAGUUGAAGUACAAAGUGAUCCGGUAGAAUAUUUUCCACCUUCAGUUCCUGAAAUAGUUCCAGAAAAAAUUAUUAUCACUACAUCAAAUGGCAGCAUUGAACUUGAUGAAAAAAUAAUUUUUCUUCAAGAUCAACUAAAACAAGCUCUAAUGUUGGCAUCUGAUCGUUCUUCAAAAUUGAUAAAAUGGGAGUCACUCACUGCAGAAUAUAAAGCAAAAAUUAAUGCUCUUGAUAAAGUUAUUGCCGAAAAAGAUACUCAAUUAGUUGAGCAAAUUAAAUUAUUGAGUGAACAACAACUGGAAACAAGUGGAUCGAGUGAAAAAAUGGAUGUAGAACGAACUGAUAAAGUUGCAUUUAAAUCCACUAUCAACAGCCUUCAAAAAUUAAUUACUCAAAAAGAAGAAACAAUUAUGAGAUACCAAACUUUGCUAAAAGAAGACAGAGACGAGCAUAGUAAAGCAGCAGGUCGUUUUCAAGAAGAAAUAAAAAAUCUUCGAAUUGAAAUAUCUCUGUUAAAAGAUGAUUUAGAAAAAAAAAAUGCAUUGACAAAUCAAGUCACUGAAGGUGAGACAUCUCGCAUGGCAGUAGAAAAAAUAUUUGAUGAAGCCAAAGAAACAAGACGUGUUAUGGAAGUUGAAGAAAAAUUGACGAGAAUGAAUGAGCGAGUCUCAACCUUGGAGGCAGAUCUAAAUAUUUCUCAAGAGCUUGGUGAGCGUUGGCGUCGUUUAGCAGAGGAAAGACUUCAGCAUAUGGAUGAAAUGAGAGAAAAGCUUGAAGCCCAGCAUAAAAAUGAACUUGAAAGCUAUAGGGCUGAACUUGACAAGUGGCAGUCAGAAUCAAGUGCUCUCAGGCAACGUCUUUCUGAAAAUCGCAUGAAACUUAAUAAAGGAAAUCUUUCACUAUCAAAAGAACUUCAAGAAAGAGAUUUAAAAAUUGAAGAACUAAGUUUGGCAUAUCAGCGAUUGCAGAAUGAAUUUGAAUUGAUGAACUCAAUGUCACAAUCCCAACAAAUACACAGUCACAAUCACGAAUUUUUAAAAAACCAAGACAUGGCAAAUUCAUUGACUCGUGAUCAAUCAACUCAUCAUUCUGCUGAGGUUGAUCUGCUUCGACGUCAGCAAAAAAGUUACAGUGACAAAGAAAAAUUAUACAAAGAUCAAAUUGCUGAUUUAAAACAGCAAAUUAGUAGAAGAUAUAUGGCUGAAAAAACUGAAGAAAGAAAAACAUCUCAACGUGAAUUACAACUUGAAAAAAAAUUAAAAAAUAUGGAAGAAGAACUUAAUAAAGCUAGAAUUCAACUUGAUCAUGACUACAAAAUUCAAGAAGCAAAAAGAAUUAAAACCGCUGAAGAAUUAUCACUUUGGGAAAAACAAAAAAAGUGGCAACAAACUGCUGAAAAAUUAAAAAAAGAAUUAAAGGAAAAAUGCGAAGAUUAUAAAAAAUUAAAUGUAAAUCAUGAAAAAUUAAAAAGCGUUUUGUCUUGUAUGGAACGUGAAAAAUGGUAUUUAAGAAGCAAACUUAAAUCAGAAUAUGGUAGUAGUAGCACGAGUGGUUUAUUUCCAAAAUCUAAUUUUAAUUAUAAACUUGUUGAAGAUCUUCAAGCUGAAUGUCAGUCAUUGCGUGAUCGUGUAAGUGAACUAACAAAUCGUCUUGAAUCUGAAGAUAAUCAUGAACUAAUAUUACAAAUUGAAAAACAAAAACAGCGUAUUGCGGCACUGGAAGCUGUUACUGAAGGUAAUAGCUUUGUCGUUGAUCAACUAGAAAAAUUAGAAGCUAUAAAAUCUACUCUUGAAAAAUCUAAUAUACAUUUAGAAACUGAAAAUUUUGAGCUGAGAAUGAGAAUUGAAAAGUUGAAUAUUGAUACACCUCGAUUGAAAGAAAAAGUUCAACACUUGGAGAAGUAUAUUGAAUUAUUAAAAAUCGAAAAGUCAUCGGAUUCUUCAUCACGUUCAUCAGAUAAAGAACAGGAUAAUCAUGGAUCAAAAAAAACAGUCUUAGAAUUAGAAAAAACAAUUUUUAUACUCAAAAGAAUUGUUGAAAAACUUCAAGCUGAAAACAAAAGAUUAAGAUUGAAUUCUAAAAAUAAUAAUCGCUUGUCAAAACCACUGUCAUCAUCAUUAUCGAAAACAAAUAUAAACAAUGACAAUAUAACGUACAAAAAACAAUAUGAACAAGCAAAAAAACGUGUUGUAGCCCUCGAAACUGAUUUACAAUUAGCAGAACAACGGAUUUUGAUGUUGAAAACCACUCCCAGAGAGGAUGAUGAUUCAGAUGAGAUUAAAUUACUGCAACAACAACUUUCACAUAAAUCAGAACUACUGGACAGGGUCAAACAAUUGUUGACACGAGCUGCAAUCAAUGAAAAAGCCCUUCGACAACAGAUUCAACAAAUUGAGAUAAGACAAACUCUAUCGACAAUCGCAGAAUCAAAUCCUCCAUCUCCACAUAAUGAAUAA